CAUUAUAACCAAUUUUUCCUAAACUUUAAAUCAGGCCAGCCCGAUCUUUCCAACAACUUAAACCUAACACGCCCUAACUAAACUUUUCUCCCUCCUUCGCCCACCUCAUUCAUCCGUACAUCGAGACCUCUCAAGGCAUCGUGUGUUCUUCCGCUGACCAUCGUCAGUGAUUAUUCCGGCUGAGGUAAAACCAAAGAAUCUCAAAGCACGUCUACCAUCGUUUCGUGAUUUUGGUUUAUCCUUUGCAUCCUCGUCGUCUUACUGUGAUUUUCUUGAACGGUUAGGUUGCAGGUUUAAUCCAAAAGGAUUGAUAAUAUUUGGACCUGAGUAAGGUGUGCGAGGAUAAUCAAGAUUUGUGUUUAUGGACCCAACAGUCAAUACAGCAAUAAAUAUCAAUCAACAAAUUGUUGAUCUGGGAGUAAGCUUAUAGUUAUGAGACUGUUUCAGUAUUUGUAAGAAACUAAGAACUGAAGACGAAGGGUGAAGCUUUUCUUGGUACAAACAUUAAAGCUUAUUAAAAGAUGAGAGGGAGAUCAGAUGGAGUGCAGAGAAAGCGGUUGCUAACUUCUGUAGCUGUUAUUGGAAUCUUCCUUGUUUCCCUUUAUGUCUUCUUUGGCUCUAAGAGCAGUGGUGAGUCUGCUCUAGAGUAUGGCAGCCGGUCUUUGAGGAAGCUAGGGUCUUCUUACCUGGGUGGAGAUGAUGAUGGUGAUACUACUAAGCAAGAUGAAAAAUUCGGACUGGAUGAUGGCAAUGAUGGCAUUUUUCUGAAAAGCUUUCCUGUUUGUGAUGAUCGACAUUCAGAACUUAUUCCCUGUCUAGACAGACAUCUCAUAUACCAAAUGAGAUUGAAGUUGGACUUAUCCUUGAUGGAGCACUAUGAAAGACAUUGUCCUUUGCAAGAAAGGCGUUACAACUGCAUGAUUCCUCCUCCCCCCGGAUACAAGAUACCUAUUAAGUGGCCUAAAAGUAGAGAUGAGGUGUGGAAAGCAAACAUCCCUCAUACCCACCUUGCUCAUGAGAAAUCAGAUCAGAACUGGAUGGUUGUCAAGGGUGAAAAGAUUAUAUUUCCAGGAGGAGGCACUCAUUUCCAUUACGGAGCUGACAAAUACAUUGCUUCAAUUGCUAACAUGUUGAACUUUUCAAAAAAUAUCUUGAACAAUGAGGGGAAUGUACGCACAGUUUUUGAUGUUGGUUGUGGUGUUGCUAGCUUCGGAGGCUAUCUUCUUUCAUCUGAUAUAAUAGCAAUGUCCUUAGCACCAAACGAUGUGCAUCAGAAUCAGAUCCAAUUUGCAUUGGAAAGAGGAAUUCCUGCAUCUCUUGGUGUUCUCGGAACAAAGAGACUUCCUUAUCCAAGCCGUUCAUUUGAGUUUGCUCAUUGUUCUCGUUGUAGGAUUGAUUGGUUGCAAAGGGAUGGAAUUCUUCUUCUCGAGUUAGAUAGAGUUCUUAGACCGGGAGGCUAUUUUGCCUACUCUUCUCCGGAAGCAUAUGCACAGGAUGAAGAUGAUCUUAGAAUAUGGAGACAAAUGAGUGCACUUGUAGAACGCAUGUGCUGGAAGAUAGCUGCAAAGAGGAACCAAACUGUCAUUUGGGUUAAGCCUCUAAAUAAUGACUGUUACAAGGAAAGAGAACCAAACACCAGGCCACCUCUCUGUCGGCCUGAUGAUGAUCCUGAUGCAGUGUGGGGUGUUCCAAUGGAGGCAUGCAUAACACCUUAUUCUGAACAUGACCACAUAACCAAGGGAAGUGGAUUGGCACCUUGGCCAACUCGAUUGACCACACCUCCUCCGCGGCUUUCUGAUUUUGGGUAUUCAAAUGAAAUGUUCGAAAAGGAUACGGAACUUUGGAGGCGGAGAGUUGAUGGUUACUUGAGGAUUCUGAGUCCCAAAAUUUCAUCAGACACUGUGAGGAAUAUUAUGGACAUGAAGGCAAACAUGGGUUCAUUUGCAGCUGCUCUCAAGGACAAGGAUGUAUGGGUAAUGAAUGUUGUACCUGAAGAUGGACCCAACACACUCAAGAUUGUAUAUGAUCGAGGCCUCAUCGGCACAAUUCACAACUGGUGUGAAGCCUUUUCAACGUAUCCUAGGACAUAUGAUUUGCUCCACGCUUGGACCAUAUUUUCUGAAGUUGAGAAGAAAGGCUGUAGCGGAGAAGAUCUGUUGCUUGAGAUGGAUCGUAUCCUAAGGCCUACUGGCUUUAUUAUCAUCCGGGAUAAGCAGCACGUUAUUGAAUUUGUGAAGAGGUAUAUGCAGGCAUUGCACUGGGAAGCUGUUGGAACUGGAGACUCAUCUUCAGACUCGGAUCAGGAGGGAGAUGAUGCAGUGUUCGUCAUUCAAAAGAAGCUUUGGCUUACGAGUGAAAGCAUUAGAACUACAGAUUAGUAAAAAAUACUACUCUUUCCCCAAUUCUUUUUUUUUGCUAUAAAAAAUCCCAACUUCUGGAGUAGAGCAGUGUGCCUGGAUUCCGGGAGAUAUCAGCUACGUUUUGCUCUCCACGUUCAUUUCUUCACUCAUUUUUUUAAAACCCGGGGCUCUAUUUGGCUACUUGUUUUGGUUUGUGCUUUACUUGAUGUUAUACAGACAAAGUUGCAUUGGCAGGCCAUUUUCUUCAUUAAUUGAUUUGUGUUGGGUGCAUCCUGGCCGGUUAGGAUAUAGUGUAGUAUAUUGGGCAUUAGGGUUGGACAAAUUAAAGAUUGUUGUUGAAAUGUGUCAUUUUAUUUUUAUUCAUUGUAUAAGAAUUAAAG